CGCCGCGGCACAGCAGCAGGCGUCGUCGUCGUCGGCGACCCCGUCGCCGCUCCCGCCACACCCGCCGCGGCGCGACGACGAGCUGGUGGACGGGUGGCCGACGUGGCUCCUUGCCAACGUGCCCCGCGAGGCGCUGCAGGGCAUCGUGCCCAAGAGCGCGGACGCCUACGACAAGAUCGAGAAGGUCGGGCAGGGCACGUACAGCAACGUGUACAAGGCGCGGGAGCGCGGGACGGGGCGGAUCGUGGCGCUCAAGAAGGUGCGGUUCGACACGUCCGAGUCGGAGAGCGUGCGGUUCAUGGCGAGGGAGAUCCGGUUCCUGCAGCGGCUGGACCACCCCAACGUGAUGAAGCUGGAGGGCAUCGCCACCUCCCGGAUGCACCGCAGCAUCUACCUCGUCUUCGACUUCAUGUACUCCGACCUCGCCAGGCUCGUCCUCCGCUCCGGCAACCGCCUCACCGAGCCGCAGAUCAAGUGCUACAUGCAGCAGCUGCUCGCGGGUCUGCAGCACUGCCACGAGCGCGGCAUCCUGCACCGGGACAUCAAGGGCUCCAACCUGCUCAUCGACCGCCACGGCGUGCUCAAGAUCGGCGACUUCGGCCUCGCCAACUACUACGGCGCCAGCCGCCGGCAUCCGCUCACCAGCCGAGUCGUCACGCUCUGGUACCGCGCGCCCGAGCUGCUGCUAGGCUCCACCAGCUACGGCGUCGGCAUCGACCUGUGGAGCGCGGGUUGCCUCCUCGCCGAGAUGUUCUUCGGCAAGCCCCUCAUGCCCGGCAGUGGCGAGGUGGAUCAGCUGCUGAAGAUCUUCAGGCUGUGCGGGUCGCCGCCGGACGACUACUGGCGGAAGAUGAAGCUGUCGCCGUCGUUCAAGCCCCCCAAGCCGUACAAGGCCACGACGGCGGAGCGGUUCCGCGACCUGCCGCCGUCGUCGCUCGGCCUGCUCGCCACGCUCCUCGCGCUCGACCCGGCCGCGCGCGGCACCGCCGGACAGGCCCUGCAGAACAGCUUCUUCAGCACGCCGCCGCUGCCGUGCGACCUCUCGGCGCUCCCCGUCGUGUACAAGGAGGAGGACGAGGUCGACGCGAGGAAGCCGAGGAGAGCGCGCUCGCAGAGCCACAGGCGGAAGGACGGCAAGCAGAAAGCCGAGGAGGAGAAGCAGUCGGAGAUCAACAGCGGGUCUCCUCCUGAGAAACAGGCGCAGGCGCAGCCCAUGCGGAGUCGGCCGUCGGACAUUACCAUCCGUGUAAGUCCUGGCCAAGAUCCAGUAACUAACACAGGAAAUCCAGGCCAAGAAUCAGCUGCUGCCAAUGCUUCCUCCAGCGCUCACGACGCAUCAUCAGAAAAAGCCAUCGUCGGCGCCUCAUCCAGCACAGUCGCGAAACGGUUUUCGCCUAGCCCUGUCGUUCAGGACGCGAGCCCGGUUCAGAUGGUAGUUCAAGAUCAGAAGCAGCUGCCGACAGCAAACGCCUCCCACCACUCAGGCAGCGACGACGACGAGGACCACGUCAACCACCACCUGGUUGCGGCUCCGGACCACGGCGACGGAGAGGAGGAGGAGGAGGAGGAGGAGGCCGGUGGCGAGCCGCCGUCCGGCAUCGGCAGCGGCGGUGGCAGCGUGAAGCGCGUCGGCCCGGAGAGCAGGUCGGCUGCCUUCGUGUCGGACUUCGAGGCGGCCGCCGCGGUGCUGCGCGGAUCGGACGAAUUCCCUUCUUCCAAGCAGUACGUUCUUGUGGAUCACCUGUAGGCCGCGCGGUUGUUCUUCUCCAGUUGAGCAUGAGCAUCCUCUGAAUUGUGGAGACUGAUGCAUCAUAUCAUUACAUGUACCAAUAAUCAUCUCUUCAGAAAUGAAGAAUAAUUAGUUUUAUUUUAUUAUUCA